AUAUUUCUUCUGUAAGAAAAGCUUCCAAACCAUGGCGAGUUCUCGCCUCGCUCUCGGCGUUGUACUACUGCUCGUCGCGGCGGCAUCGGGCGCGGCGGCGUUUAGAACGGGCAACACGACGGCCAUCCACAUCGGCAACACCAAGGCCUGCAUCGCCGGCUAUGGGGGACUCGAGGAUCCAGGCCUCUCGUACAAGCUGUGCAUCCCCUCCUGGGUCGCCUUCACCCCCAACGGCACCCUCUUCGGCGAGGCCGCCUUGAACCACGCCGCCGUCAGCCCCGGGACGGCCGUCUCCGGCUUCAAGCGGGUCCUCGGUUCCAAGUACCAACUUGUUUUCUUCCCUCCUCCGCCGACGUCGAUGGAUGUUUGA